UUUAGACAACUUACUUCCAGUCACCAGAUAGUUACAACCUGGAGAGAGUGGGCUUUAAAUUUCUCAGGUGAGGGAGAAACAGCACAGUGCAUAAACAGUGUUUACAUCUGGUUGCUAAGGACCCGAUCACUUGAAAGAUUAUUGACAAUGGCUGACAGAGAGGCCAGAAAGAUAUGUGACCAAGUUUUGCAAUCAAUCAGUCAGUACUAAAGGCUUGACUGCACCAGUUGUUAAAGAGAACUCUUUAACAAAGAAGGAAGUCUGAAUUAACAUGGAUUAUUUAGCUUAAAUGUGUUGUGAUUUGGCUUAGGAUAUACAUAAACCUUAGAGGAGUUCGAGGAAGACGGUUUUUUGUGAAAAAAUGUCAUUUUUAUCUCACCUGAGCUGAAAACUCAAGAGAUUUUAAUGACACUUUUGGAUUCAGAGUCAACAUUUUUUUCUCCAAAGAAACUGUCCACCCAACAUCAACCGAUGACAGCUCCUGAAGUGUCAAGCUCUGCUCCUCUCAAUAACCACCCAUUUUAUAUGCAGACAGACAAUCGUCCUUCUACCUCUGCUGAGACUGGCUAUGAGGCAUAUGAUCGUCGUCCUAUCAAACCUCAAAAUACUGAUGUGUUCAAAGGGAUAAAGCACAAUUUUCAGGUGUCCCCACCUACACAAUCUGGAAAUGUACCAGCAUUAGGAACAAAAAAGAAAACACCACCUACUGCACAGGCACAUGACUAUGACACUAGUCAAGAAGUAUCCCAAUUUGAACAGAUUGUAAGCUUUCCUUCAAAAGGGAAUAUUGCUAUGGAGGAAAUUUCUAACAUUCAGGAUAUGUCUCUUGAAUGUAAAUCUUUGGGCAGGCGAAGCGCUUCUCAAAGAUCAGAUCACAAAUCUGCACGAAGUAAAAAAGACAGUAAUCGUGUGGAUCGCAGUAGUAUACCAGUAACUUGUGGUAAAAAUUGUGCUACAGUUUCACGUACGCAUUCAGACUACACACCAGGAAGAUAUGCCCCACGCAAACAUUUAGAACAAUUUAAAUUAAGAAGAACAGAUUCAAAAUCCAAGGGAAAAAAAGACUCAAGAGUUUUUCCAAAGCCAACCAGUGAUGCUACACUUAAUGCAGACCAUAGAGCAGCAACUGUAAUACAGGCAACAUGGCGAGGCUAUUGGGCUAGAGAAUGCAAUGCAGAAGUUGUCUCCGUACGCAAAGAAAUUCGAGCUCGCAGGGCAGAGGACCAUAUUGUGAUGCUUAGGGCAGAGUUAGACAGGCAGCGUAAAUUAUAUGAUGAGGAACGACACAUGAGGACUCUACAAAUGGAAGCUAUCCGCUGUUUAUGGAAGGAAGUGCAGUCGUUACAAAACUGGAAGUCUGAGGUCUUGAACUCUCAGCAGUUCCGAAACACAAUGGACUCCAAUCAUCAAGAUGACAGUUAUAAUUAUAGCCAGGAAAUACAGACCACCCUUGAAAGAAUGGGUAAUUACCCCGGAGACAGUGGAAGGAUGGCAUCCUUUUACUCUAUGGAUGAAGAAAGACAAAGGGAGCUAGAAAGGACUUGUGCAAGUUUGCAGACUCAAGUUGCCCAACUUUCCCAGGCUCUACAGUCUGUAUCCAGUGUUGUGUUCCAAAGUGGCAUUAUGACAUCAGGCAUGGACUCCAUUCACAGUGACUCAAAUCAAACAUUGUUGGUGACAGGAUAUGAUGAUGAUGGAAGCUCUAGUUGUGAGGAGAUCAGUUACACUGGUUCAAAGUGGGCGACCGUUCCUCACUCCCUCUCUCCAUACCCUUCGGAGGAAGAAGAACAGUACUUUCAUUCCUUCCCACAGCUUGGAUGUCCAACUCCUCCUAGAAAUCUACAUAUGGAGCAUAAAGGAGAAAACUCCAUUGUCUUAUCCUGGGGUCCAUCUAAGAUUUUAGACACCACUUGUAAAGAAAUCAACAAACCUUUCAUUGGUUACAGAGUUUAUGUUGAUGACAAGCCUGCAGCAAUGAUUAAUGGAUUAGCUGCUCUUGUUCAUGGACUUAACCCUCAAAUAACAUAUAAAUAUUUUUGUAGGAUAUAUGUUAAGGCUGUGUCUUCACUUGGAGAGUCAAAUUCUUCAGACAUUUUAAUGACUGCAAUGUCUCAGAUUGCACACAACUGUACAUCAAGUUCAGAAAGCAACAGAACAGACAGUGAUCAUGAUUCCACAGAAAGUUCUGAUAUGGCUCGAAAAAGAAAAGACAACCAUCAAAGACAAAAGCGUAGAAUAAAAUCCCCUCGUCAGGAUAAAAGACAGUUGAGUAGAAAAGGAUCCAGUACAAGUGACCAAGAAAGACAUUUUUUUAGAUCUGAAAAGUCAAAGCCAUCUAACAAUGCUUAUAAUGUUUUUAAGCAUCCAAAAAUUCACACAAGGCCAAACAGUGGCAGUUGUAAAUUACCAGAUUCUGAAUCACAAUAUUCAGAAUGUGUUGAAGGCCUUCCUCAACCAAGUGAGUCAAAACAGUCCCCACAAGCAGGAAGUCAGAACAAAGGAUCAUCUACCUCACAAAUGUCAGAGACAUUUACUGUUGAUUCUUCAGAGUCUUUGUUGAUGGCUAUUUCAAGAGCGCAGAGUAAUCCAGGAGUCCAAGAUCCUUGUGAACAGGAUGAAAAAUCUCAUAGAAGAAAACGUAGUAAAGAUUUAAAAUUGUCUGAAGUAGUGGAUGAAGAUAUGAAUCAAAAUCAAGCUAGUCCAAGUUCAGGGAGUGUAAAUUCCUAUUCCUUUAAUAUUGCUGAAGAAAAUAUUAAACUACAUGGUAACUAUAUAAACAGAACAGAUGAUUUACCAAGAGAAAAAACACAACCACUCAAAAAAACUAAAAAUAAAGAAUAUGAAUGGCGUAGAGACAUUGAAAUGUCUAGUCAUAUGAAGGAUCAAGAAAAGAAAGAUGUAAAAAAGGCAUGGGUAAAAGAAUCUCCAACUGCUGGAGAAGUGCACGGAAUUCCUAUCAUUGAUGCCAGUAAAAGGCAUUCCUCUGGUAGUAGGCCAAGUAGUCCUGCUCCCACUGAUGCUUCUGAAAAAUCAGAAAAGAAACGAUCAGUGGCUGAGCUUUUAGAGAAAUUUUCCAGUAAAACCAGUUCAAAUUUUGGUACCAGUUCUCUAGGAACUGAGGGAAGUGAACAACAUCAAAGUCAGCCUCUGAAGUCAAGAAGGACUUGUAGUAAUGAAGAUGUUAGUAUCAUGCCAGAGAAUAGAAGAACUCCUACUAAGAAUAUGUCUCCUUCUUCUGGAGAAAGAAGGAGGACUCCUUCUAAUGGCUCAGAGAGUGAUGUUUCAGAAAUUUCAAAUUUUUCGGCUGCAAGACAGCUAGACAUGGAUAAAAAACCAAUACUUGGAACUACUGGAAUAAAUAAAUUAUUACAAAAACUACAAAACUUCUCUAAGAGCCAGGAAGAAUCUUUACAAAACAGAGCACAGAAAAUGAAGAAAAAAUGUGAAAAAUCUGAAAACUCUGGAAUUGAAGAGGAACAAAGGCGUCUUAGACGCAUAAGUGGGGGCAGUGAUGGAGAUUCAGUAAUGGAAAGAACAGUUCAUCAAAGCGAUAGCUCCUCACAGUCGGACGACCCACAACUAAAUAAAAAACCAUACAAGACUCAUAAAAGAUCUGGUUCAGACCAGAGAGUGACCUUUUUACAGCAACGUCAAUCAUCUGCUCCCUCCACACCCUCCCACCAUUCAGCCAACAGUAGUCCUGGCAGUCAUUUUGAUGACUACACUUCAAGGCCGAAGACAAAUGUUAAACGUACAGCAUCCUUUCAUGGUGAAACACCGUCAGCAAAAAAGGAGGUACAACCAAGAAGAAGUGGAUCUGAUGAAAACCUUUAUGAUAAGAUUCAACAACAACAAGCACAAACAACUGAUAUGUUAAUGGCAGGAAUGUUGAAUCAAAACCAAGACAAUCAGGCUGGUGUAAAUCUCCAUCACAUUCCAAUCCUGUCGGGUGCUCAACUACAAACACGACAGAAACCUCCUUGAAAGAGGAUAUAGCUGUAAAAUAGGUCGCCGUUUAGAUCACUAUACGUGACCAAAGAUACUUAAAGAUUCAUUAAGUACUACAUAUUAUGUAUUCGUUUUAUCAAAAGCAACAUGGUCUUGUUUAUCCAAAUUGUAUCUGUUAGUUCUAAGAUAGGUAAUGUCAAAGAAAUAGGUUAAAAAAUGUUAUAUCAUAUAUAAAUAUAUUGAACCAAAGAUCUAAGUGUACACCAAUGUAUAAUGUAUUUAACAUAUAAAAUAAGCACAUUGAUUGUCUUGUCGUAGGAGUGACUGAUUUCCACUCAACUUUCAAAUAGUUAAGAACUAUCUAUUGACCUUGACCGGUUGCGACCCAAUAUCAGAAAUUUUGUUUCAUUGAUUUAGGUUGCUGCUGGAAGUGGCGUUACUAACACCAAAACCUAAUAUCAAUCACAAAAAUGCUAAUACAUUUUGUAAUAUUUAGCACGCGCUAAAAAUAGCAAUUAAAUAUUUUACGUUUCGUCACGGGUAGUUGAACUCAAUUAUUGAUGUCUUAUUUUAUCUCUGCUAUUGAUGAGAAGACGUAUCAGUUAAGAAAUAUUAAAUAUUUCGCAUUAAAUUAUUUUCUAAUUUUACAAUUAGUCUAUUUAUCAGGGUGAACACUUGAGUUUGUGUACACACACGCACACCAACACACAGUCGAGUUUAAAUCCAUACUCGGCAAUCAUCUGUGACAAAUUAGUGUGUUCGAUACUACUCUUAAUCUGCUAAGGAAUCAUAUUGUCAGGUAUUGGCGGGGUUCGUGAUGAUCUAUGAACGACUGUUGAAAGAAUGACUCUUAAAUUUCAAAUAAUAAUUUGCUCACUUAAUCGGUGUAAACUCAACACGUUUUGUCUCUGACAGAAAGGAUAGCUUUCGGCAUCCCUUAAUUCUUUUUUUUUAAAUGUCCAAAAAAAUUAUCAAUUGUUUAACUCCUUAUAUAUAUAUAUAUAUAUAUAUAUAUAUAUAUAUAUAUAUAUAUAUAUAUAUAUAUAUAUAUAUAAUCCAAAAUGAGUGAAAGGUGAUAUCACACAGUAAAAAUAAUAUAAUCAAAAAAGAAAAAGAAAAUGAACAGUUCCAAAGUUUCUAUUCACUAGCGCUUUCUGGAUUUACAUUCUUCUUCAGGUGAAUGUACAUAAGUUAUGUACAUUCACCUGAAGAAGGAUGUAAAUCCAGAAAGCGCUAGUGAAUAGAAACUUUGGAACUGUUCAUUUUCUUUUUCUUUUUUGAUUAUAUAUAUAUAUAUAUAUAUAUAUAUAUAUAUAUAUAUAUAUAUAUAUAUAUAUAUAUAUAUAUAUAUAUAUAUAUAUAUAUUCAAUAAAUCCUUUUUCUUGGUACCGGGGUUGAAUAAGCACAAAGUUUUGACGUCAUAAUCACGUCUUCAACAGUUUGUAUAACGUUGCCUACCUAACGUCACGAGAUUGACGUCAUAAUAUUCUUGUUUACUUUGUUUUUAAAUCUACUGAAGAGCCCGGUAGGGCGAAAGCGCUAUAGAUAAAAGUUGUUUGAGCAUUGGACUUAUUUUUGUGCUUAUAUAUAUUUGAAAAAUGAAAGACAACACAGAGUAAAACGUUAGCGCUUUCAUUCAAUCUUCAGACGUUUUUAAAAUGUACUAUAUAUAUAUAUAUAUAUAUAUAUAUAUAUAUAUAUAUAUAUAUUUGUGUGUGUGUGUGUGUACUUGUAUAUGUACUUGUAUAUGUACUAGUGAAUCGAAAGAGUGAUCGGAAUUGUAUUUUUCCAAUAAAUGCAUACCUGGA